AUGUGUCCUGAAUGGUGUCCAGCACAUGUAGUGGAUGGAGAACUAACGAAAAAGGGUGCCAAAGUGUACGAGUUUUUUGUAGAUCUAAAAGGCGCUUUCCCUUCGGUGGAUAUGGGGAGGUUGCGGAAGGCAAUGGAAAAGAGGGGAGUGGAGAGAAUCCUGAUCGAGAGGGUGAGGGAGAAUGAUGGAAAUAGUGAGCCCCUAAAGUAUGAUGCUGAUAUGACAGAAAUGUCUCCUGCGGAUAUGGAGAUGCAUCUGCACUUUUAUAAAAAAGACUUCGAAUCAUUUGAGAAUGCUCAGUCAAAAAAAGACGGUCUUGCAGUGUUUCAAGUGGGGCUCAUCAAUGGUGGAUAUGAAGACCCUGAUUAUUCGUUUGACAAACUGGAAGGAGAAUUAAGUAAGGUGGAAUCUAUAAAUUCAACAUCAACUAUAGGCUCGUUUCCCUUGGCAAAAUAUGUAGAUCAAGAUUGGAUCAAAGAAUAUCUAUUUUAUAAAGGAUCUUUGGAUUAUCCGCCUUGCGAUGAAUCUGUGACUUGGUUUAUAUAUGAACCUAAUAUUCAGAUUUCCCCCGAACUACUAAGUGGAUUCGGAAAAAUAAAGCUGGAAGGGGAAGACUCGACGAAUAUUAGACCUCCCCAGGCGGUAAACGAUCGUAAAAUCAAGAUGCUUGUCGCCUCUGCGAUUUUCUUUACUUCUCCGACUAGUCCCUUGCUAAUCCUCAACUCUGUAGCCUAUUUCAUCCUCAGAACUUAA